CGGCCAUCGACGACUCUCGACGACGUUCGCCUUCUCCCCUCUGCAGGGCAGAGCCUUAAUUAUCUUUUCUUCAGGACUCUCCUGGUGUAGUCGGCCUUGAUGGCUGCAUUUAACGUCUCGCUCGAUGACAGUUCGCCCCUUAUAUCGUACUCACCUCCUAAUGUUUGGCUUGACACUCCGGCUAACGACACUCUCACGAAAUUCUACUCGGCUGGCUCUCUGCAUACGACUGCUGUCGAUGGCGCUGCUGCUCACUUCUCGUUCAAUGGCACGGGCGUCUGGCUUUACGGCGGUUUGAGGCCCGACUAUGGCUUCUAUACCUUUUUGGUCGAUGGUGUGCAGGUACUGCAAGGUGAUGCACGCGCAGCGGACCCGGAGCUCGGGCAUAUCUUAGCAGGGAUCUCGGGGCUGCCGAUGGGAGAGCAUACAGUGCAGCUGAAGAAUGCCGGUAAUGGACCCAUCGAUCUGGAUACAAUGGUCUUCGAGACGACUGUGGGCGCCAGUGGCGACUCAAUGAUCAGCUCCACUAUUGACGAUAUGAACUCAACCUUCACAUAUGGACCCAAUAUUUCAGACUGGGCGCUUGAUUCAUACUCCAGCUUCUUCAACAACUCUCUCCACUAUUCGCGUACACAAGGCGCCCAGGCAUCGCUCUCGUUCUCCGGCGAUGCCAUUGCUGUAUUUGGCACCGUGUCGCCUCAGCACGCCAACUACACAAUCACUGUGGAUGGCCAUACCUCGCAAGAAUUCGACGCCAGCAGCAGUGUCCAAGAUUUCCAUUCUCAGACUUUACUGUUCUUCGCGCAGAACCUCGGCACGAAGGAACACAGUCUGGUGAUCACUGGCAAUCCAGGAAAGGACACUGGAAACGACUCCACGGUUCCUGGUCCGACGACCAGUGGCCAGUCGAGCGGCACCAGCUCCACCUCUGAUCCGAGCAGCACCCUCAGUAUCAGUGCCACUUCUACGGGUGGCAGUAGUGCUGCUACAGAUAGCGCAUCUCGGCUCUCCACCGGUGCAAUUGCCGGAAUUGUCAUCGGGAGCCUGCUUGGUCUUCUUGCGCUCCUGCUCCUCCUGUUCUUCCUCCUCCGAUGCAGGCGUGGCCGGCCCCAGACCCUCGCUAUCUCCCGCCCUAUCAUGCCAACUGACCUCACGCCCGAUCUCCCCAUACAAUACGACCCCGACCUCGAAGCUGCUUAUGGAUACGAGCGAACGCCGAACUCCACCGAGAGGCAAAUACACAUGCGGCAGGCCGAGGCGCAGGUCUACGCGGAACUCGACGCAAUGGGGAAGCGCGUUACAACUGCGACGCACGUGACGCGCUGGUCGCGGGGGUCGUAUGACUCAUCGUCCACAUUGGAGGUCCACGAACCGUAUAUGCCCAAGUGGAAGACCGCGGGGCUGGUGGCACCGCCCGACUGGGCCCCUCCCCGUCCCCCUCCCCCUCAACGAGACACGGAUAGCACCCACACCCGGAACCCGUCAGACACAUCGACUGUAGUGAACGAAGAGGUGAGGCAGGGGGUGUCGGAAGUGGUGCUGCGUCCUACGCGUGUAUCAGACGCCCCGAAGACUGCGCCUGUGCGUCCGGGCAGACCUACCUUGGGGUUCAGUGUGAUGCAGUACUACUUCGAGCCGCGGCCUUUGGUAUAGUUCUAACAAGCUUCUAUUUACAUUUGUACUCUUGAUGCUUUGAACGUCGUUGAACCUCA